CCAUUACUACUCAUCGUCACCCCCCACCCCCCCACCCCCUCCCCGGUCACCCUCGUUACACACCUGCUAUCCUCGCGACGCUAAACGCUUCUCUUCUUUUCGCUCAGUGACGUGAACGAAAGAUUUCUAACAGCCCCUGGUCAUUCUAGCGCAGGGGACGUAAAGAAAACGGGGUGCGAGCUUUACUGUUGUGUAUUUAUCGUUUUCUUUUGCCUCCCUCUCGUUUUCUUUUUUGAGUUCGUAAUUAUUCCUUUCAUUCCUGCACCUGCUGAUGGAGGAGGAGGAGGAGGAGAAGAAGAACGAGAAGAAGAGGGAAGGGAAAACGUUACUGUAGGUGCCUCCUCCUCCUCCUCCUCCUCCUCCUAUUCGUCGUCCACCUGUUAACGGAGGAAGAGGAGGAGGAAGUGAGGAAGAAGGAAAAAAAGAGGAGAGGAGGAGUUAUUAUAAAUUCCUCCUCCUCCUCCUCCUCCUCCUCUUCUUCGUUCAGUCGCACUCGCUUCUCGCACUCAGACCCCUCCCGCCAUCUGCCGCCAUUCCUCUUCAACUUCCCCGUCACACACUCAAGCCCCACAACCCACACGCCGCACACACACACUUCCACCGUUUACUUGUUCGUGAGGAGCUUCCAGCGUCUUCAGGAGCAUGGGAAUCUCUGGUCUUGUGAUGGCGGUGGUGGUGGUGUCUGUGUUAUUGGGAGAAGGACUAACGCCACGUCCUGAGGUACCUCUCUCCCUUACCGCAGCGUCGUCUUCGCAUCACCGCUUCCUGUCCCUGUUUUCUGUGGUCCGCUUCAAGAACCAGCCAUGCACGGGGGAAGGCGGCGCGGCGGGUGUGUGCUAUACUGCGCAGGCGUGUUUGGCGGGUGGAGGACGUGCUGCAGGGGAGUGUGCUGAUGGCUUCGGGGUGUGCUGUGUUACCAGACUCUCCUGCGGCGCCUCCACCUCCAACAACUGCUCCAUCCUGCAGAGUCCAGGCUACCCCGCCACCUUCAACUACCCCACCACCUGCACCCACACCGUCACCUUCCCCUCCAACGUGUGUCAGAUCAGGCUGGACGUGGUGACAGUGGACCUGGCACCGCCCACAUCACAAGGCACCUGCUAUGACGACUCCCUCACCUUCUCGCAGGACACCAAGUGGGGGCGUGUAUGUGGCACCACUACUGACUCCCACUUCUACCUGGACGUGGACUCCUCCGCCAGCACGUCCCUCACUCUCACCUUCACCACGGGCCAGAGGGAGUAUGACCGCAGGUGGCAGGUGAAGGCCACGCAGAUCACCUGUGACCAGCUCUCCAUGGCCCCCACAGGAUGCGGCCAGUACUUCACUUCUCCGUCGGGCGUCAUCAAGGGUUGGAAUCACGACGGCAUCUACCUGUCGGGGCAAAACUAUGCUAUCUGCGUCAGGAAGGAGGUGGACAUGUGCUCGACCACUUACCAGGACUCCCGCUCUGUGCUGUUUCGUCCUAUAUGCGGGGACACCCUUGAGUGGCCCUUCCCGGUCAUCGGCGCCCCCACCACCACCGUAUCCUGUGUCACCGCCGCUGCCUUCAUUGCCUCGACGCCCCUCACGGUACCCUUGCAAGGACCAAACUACCUGUAUCUUGUCACCACCACGGACACCACCAAUGACCACAGUGACGCAACCAACGUCUUCUACACCUACACACAGAACCCGUGCUGACCUGAACUGACUUGACCUUGCACCCUCAGCUCAGGUCACGGGUCAUUGCUGGAAGGUGUAAGUAUAAAGUGGUCAUAGAUUAUUUUAGAUGUAAAGUUAUUUGAGGUUGUAAGGUUACGUACGUAGUUUUGAAUUGCAUCUUGUAAGGUAGAAGAUAAUAGAGUUGUUUGUUUGUUUGUUUGUUUAUGUAUUGUUUUAUAUGUUGUCUGUUUGUAGUAGUGGUAGUAGUAGUAGUAGUAGUAGUAGUAGUUGUGUUGUUGUUGUUGUUGUUGUUGUUGUUGUAAAGGGUGAAGGAACUUAAAUCAUACUUUGUACAUAUUUAUUUCAUUUUCUCUGUGUGAAUAAUCUCGAGGGAUCACUAAUAUAAAAUCCCCCUCAUUACCCUUUGUAGUAGUCGUAGUUCUAGUAGUAGAUCGCUGUUGUUGUUAUAAAAGGAUGAAGAAACAUAGAUUAUAUU